AUGGCAGGUAAAAGAGUAGCGAAAAGUCUUGUGGAUUGGGCAGCUUUUGCCGAAAGGGUUCCACCAGGAGAGAAAGAUAUCUUCCGACUUUUCAAGGCCAAGUCAACUGGUUUCAUCACCAAGAUUCAUCAAUAUCCAGAGAGCUUACCUGCUAUUGAUUUUGCAUCUUACAAGAAACUUCUUAAAAAUCCCAAACUUGUUGAAACAUUUGAAGCUGGAUAUGCUGCUCUGACCAUCCCAUACCCUACAGAUAAAGAAAACAUAAAAGGUGCAGUUUCAUCUGAAGAAAAGGAAGCUGAAGCAGAUAUGAAGAAACAAGUUGAAGGCUUGCAGGCUAUGAUUUCUGAGGCAGAACUUAUGUUGAAAAAACUUGAUACUUUACCUAAGCCUCAUGAAAUGACACAUGAAAUGUUUGCUGAUUAUUUCCCUGAAAGUGCAGUUGAUCCUGAAAAACCUACAAUGUAUCCUCAUGCCAAGCCAUAUCAACCAGAGAACAUCCCCAACUUCUUGAAAUAA